GGUGGAUUUUUGAAUGAGGGAAGAAAGAAGUUGGCUAGUUAAACAAGGCUAACAUUUGUAACGGUGGAUACAAAAGUAUGGAAAGCCACAAAAGAAAGAAAGGAAGUUUGAUUUGUUUUUAGUUAAGCAGGAGAUGGCCAAGGAAAUGGAGAAUGACAGGUUGAAGCCUGGAGAGUGUCCAUCCUUUUUACAAAAUUUUAUAAGAAGAGGAUGAGAAACUUAGUGUUAAAGAGCUGAGAAAGCAAUUUAUGAUGACCAAUAAGCUGGACACAGCAAUGUGGCUUUCUCGAUUGUUCACAGUUUACUGUUCUGCUUUAUUUGUUCUUCCUCUUCUUGGGUUGCAUGAAGCCGCCAGCUUUUAUCAGCGUGCCUUGCUGGCCAAUGCUCUCACCAGUGCUCUGCGGCUACACCAAAGAUUACCACACUUCCAGUUAAGCAGGGCUUUCCUGGCCCAGGCUUUGUUGGAAGACAGCUGCCACUACCUUUUGUAUUCUCUCAUCUUUGUCAACUCUUACCCAGUUACAAUGAGUAUCUUUCCAGUCUUGUUAUUCUCCUUACUUCAUGCUGCUACAUAUACAAAAAAGGUUCUUGAUGCAAGGGGUUCAAAUAGUUUGCCUCUACUAAGAUCUAUUUUGGAAAAAUUAAAUGCUAAUCAACAGAACAUUCUGAAAUUUAUUGCAUGUAAUGAAAUUUUCUUGAUGCCUGCUACAGUUUUUAUGCUUCUCAGUGGUCAAGGAAGCUUACUCCAGCCUUUCAUAUACUACAGAUUUCUUACUCUGCGAUACUCCUCCCGGAGAAAUCCAUAUUGUCGGACCUUAUUUAAUGAACUGAGGAUUGUUGUUGAACACCUAAUAAUGAAACCUGCAUGUCCGUUGUUUGUGAGAAGACUGUGUCUCCAGAGCAUUGCUUUUAUAAGCAGAUUGGCACCAACAGUUGCAUAGUUUAACAUAAGUUAAAUUAUAUGUAACAUGAACAUUGUAAGCAGUUGGUACUUCUGCAAGUGAUUGUAAAUGCCAGGUAUUACACUGAUUUUGGUCCAGGUUGUGUAAUUUCUUUCUGUAAAAAUGUUUAAUUCUAUAGUGUAUUAAAUCAAGUCUUUUUGGUUUCUGAGAAAAACAUUAUUGUGCUCAUGGUGUAAGUAGGUUUGCAUCUUAUAAGCAAAAGUCUAUUAAGCUAAAGACAAAAUAGUUUAAAACAAUGAAACCAUGCCUAACACCACCAAUUAUAUAAAUUUCUUACCCCUCCUCACACACAAAGUUGCUAAAUUUCUUUCAUGCCAGCUCAUGUUAGCUGCCCUUUGCAUGUGGUGCAAGCUCCUGAUUUUAGUCCCACACUUAAUAUUUGUGGAUGUGUUGACAGUAUUCUUUCUUCCAUUUGAUAAUUUCAACAAAAUAAUUUUCAACAGAAGUAGUGGAACUGCAUAUAUUUUAAAACUUCAUCUAAACAAGCAAAUUGAUUCUAUGCUGUUUUAUGGAAUAGAUUUCUUUAGCCCACGAUUAUGAAGAGGAUUUUGUCAUACUUUAAUGGCUAGUCCUUCUUUGUCUUGUUAGUAACUUGGAUAAUUUUGACUACAAAAAGUUCAACCAAUACCUUUGUUAGAUGUGUGGUUGUAAAAUCAUUUCAGUUGCAUAACCAUUUUGGACAAAGGUCAAUAGGUAUGUAUUGUAAGGUGCAAUCUUCCAUUCACUCGAUCCUUUGACUAGAAUUUGUCAAAGAAUUUGAAUACGUUAGGAUUCUAAACUGAAACAGAAAAUCUUGUUCCCCCUUCUUAAUACGUGUGGUGACACUUCAGGUAUUCUCUUUCUAAGAUCUCAUAAUUUAGAUUCUAAACUGCCAAUUUUCUUGGUUUCUUAGGCUUGAAUUUACAUAAAAGAUUGCAGCUGUUGAGACACCACAUGAAAUAAAUGCCUUUAGCUGAAGAUUAAUUGUAAGCUCAAGUGAUUAUACUUGGUGACUUAUUCUGAUAAUAAUGAAGUUUAUGCCAUAUAGAUUUUAUGUUCAUCCAGCAAACCUGAUUAAAAAGUUACAUGAGAAAGUUUAUAUAUAAGGUAACUGAUGAAAAGAAUACAGUAUGUAUCCUUUCUCUGUAAUAGAUAAAUUUUGGAGAGUUGGAUACAGUGUAUAACUGUGACUUUAUUUGUAUGAAUUGUUAAAUCCUGUUCAUUGAGCCUCACUGAAUUCCUUUAUAAAGCUCAUUCUGAUUUUUAUUACUCUUGCAUGAUUGGAAAAUAUUUAAAGUAUUGCAAAACUUCAGUGGUUCAAAGUAAGGUAUAUUAGUUCUUUGUAACUAGUUUUUUUUAUGUGUGCAUGUAAUUUAGACUUUAUCAAAAUACAUUCAUUAGUAACUUGUCAGUAACCAUCAGUUGUCCAUGAUCUUUUUGCUCAGCCUGUAGGCACAAAGGCAAUGUUUUUCAAAUGGACUAGAAUAAUUCUAUUUGAUUGCUCUUAUUUUAUUUGAUUGAGCUCACUUUAAUCAACUAUUUAUGGAACAAUUAUCCACUAGGUUGGAAAAGCAACUGCAUAACAUACAGUUGAUCUCUUUUGUGGCUAUCCUUAUCAUCACUGUAUCUGUAAUCUGAUGGUUUUAUAACUAAAAUUUCUAUAGCAAUAAAGUGAAUGUAAAAUUAAA